AUUGACGGGCGGUUCACUACAUCCAUACAGCUGGCAGCUAAUGAUAGAAGUUAGAAACAAACAUUUUGAUUUUCUCAGUGUUUCUUCUUCCUCAAUGGGUGAUAGCUUAAGUGAAACAAAUGGAUAAAAUGACAGUCUUAGACAUUGUCUACCGAUGGAGCCCAGAGUUUGUUAAAAGUUGUCGUUCGACAUAUGAAGAACAUAUUUGCAUCUCGGCUGCUCUUUACGUCUUGUCUGCUUUGAUGUUACUGGUUUCCUGUUCACUUCUUCUUUAUCACAGAUGCAAAACGCGAAGCAAGAGUUGGGCUGAUGAAGCAGUCUGCGCUUUGUAUUGUUUCGUGGGGAACUUGUGCAGCGCAGUGGGCGCUUUACUUUCCAAACAGUUUGAUUUUCAGAUUUCUAUGGCUUCAUAUAUGGCAAUUUUGGAUGUUGUCCAUUUCCUGUCAAUAUCUUUCUCCAUUUAUUUAUGGUACAAGUCAAAAAUGGGAAAGAAAAUUAGAAUGGUGUCCAGGAGAAGGAGGCAGAAUUUUCUAGUUGUGUGUCUGCUGUUUGUAAUGGGCGGCAACGUUUACCUGGGUUUACCAGUCCAUUCAAGUCCAGUAAAGGUAUCUCCAACCAUGAGGAGACCACUCGGAAUAUUCCUCAAUGACUAUACUGAGAACCUUGGUUACAUGCUGGGUCUUCUGUCCUUCGCAAUCAGCUGGACUGCUAAGUUUCCCUUCAUCCUGAAAGCUAAUAGAGGAGAGCAGAAUUCUGCUGUGCAGGUGUGCUCUAGAGUUCUGUGUUCUGUAGCUGGAUCUCUGUAUGCAUCUGCCAUUCUUUUCUAUGACACACAGCUAAGAGCUUUUGUCAAAGCAAUGCCAUGGAUACUCUCUGCUAUCAGCUGUGCAGUUCUGGAUCUUUUUAUUGUGGUCCUCAUCUGUUACAGAUCCAACCAUAAACGCCCUUCUGUCCGGUCUUUAGACUCAGAUACUGAAUCUUUACUAGGUGACUCUUCUGUCACGGGUCAGCUGUGCAACAACAAUGUUGAAUGCUACAGGAAGAAGCACCUCUCAGCAAGAGGCAUUUCUCCCAAAGGGACUGACAUGGGACUCUACAUGGAUGUCAACAUACAGCCAAUGAGGAAGGUUUGUCUCAAGGAGGUGACCAUCUCACGGGACGGCUCAUCAGAGAAUCUUCCUCUAAAGAGGACUGUCAGGGUGGUACGGGUUGAUGAACAGUGUUCUUCUGGUACCUCGACUGAUUCGUCAUCUGUCGGCUCUGAACUAGAGUGGGACUUUGAAGAAACAAAAACGCGGUGGAUCCCAGUAGAGGAAGCUCCUGAAGAUCUGCAGAAAGCAGAGGCGUUCCCUCUUCAGGAGUGGCCAGCAGGUUCGAUUUCAAAGUCAACCGGCAGACCUGGUUCUCACGUCUGCUUCUGUAACCGCGCACAGCAAGCGGAAAAGCUGGCAUCCACAUAAUCAGACAACUAAACCCGGUGCCACUCGGUUGAAUGAUCAUGCAUUAACAUGAUUUGAGUGUAUUUGAAGUUUAAUAAAGCAGUGUAAAACUGAA